UCAAUUUCAACUCAGACCCUAUUAAGUACUAUUAAUGCAUAGUACUGAUCGUAUUAUUUUUUCUUGAUGGUGGAUGCGGAUUUGCGAGAGGGCAAAGUAAAUUAAGCAAAAAAUGCAGAGCAAUCUGUACAAGGUCCUUCAGCUGCUUGUGGUCAAUAAAAUUGAUUGUGUGUUUCAGUUCAAAGUUGCUGGAGGAUUUGAGGCAUUCGUCACAGGGAAGACAACGAGCGUACAACAAAUAGACGUGUAGCCUUGAGAGGCUGAACCCGACUACAAGACCAACAACGUGUGUUUACUUUUGUCAAGGCAUCAUUGUAACAUAGGUUCUCGAUGUGGUUGUUCAUAUCAUGUUCUCCCUUUCUGAGAGGCAAAUGGAACAUCGAGUGGUUUGGAUCUGGAAGCCCUGGGCUUCUUGCUGCUCGGAUCUUGUUCGAGAGGUUUCCUCCAGCAUUGACAAGUUCGUUAAACCUUGAUGCAGUGAUCAAUGAUGGAUAUGCAAAUGUUUCUGCAGAUAAAGAGCAGAUUUACUGUCUCCACCCAGCUAUCUGUCAAGGAGCCACUUAGAAUGAAAGAGGAAUACAUUGAAGGGAUAUUUGAAUCCCCAAAAGUUAAUGAAGAAAGAAUGCCUGAAUAGCUAAGAGGUGCUUUACUUCAGGCUACUAACACGUUGCAGCAGCUACCUUUUUCCCAUCAGCAGAGAAGCAUUGGCUAAUGGAUUUAAGGUCCCCCCCCCUUGGUAAGUAUUUUGAGAGGAUUGUACCUCUUGAUUAUUCAUCAA